AGCGGGGUCUCACUGCUGCGGGUGUUUUUUUAUGUGUGUUUUUGUUGCGAAUUUUGCAAAGUGCUCUUUGGUGGUGGUGCUGUUGCUCUGGUGCUUGCUGUUGCGGCGGAGGCUUUGGUCCCGUUUGGCUGCAAUGUUGCUCUUGUUGGCCAGCAACCACACCAGUGUAUCCAAUGUGUGUGUGCUUGUGCGUACGGUUGCAUGGAAACGUCAAAAGUGCGUUACACAGGGGGUCUGGCCAUUCUUUCGCCCAUCCACCACCUCUGUGUGUUUGUGUGUGCCCGCUGCUGUCUUCCUCUGAUCUUUCUUCUGUGCCUGUUUCGCCGGGAAGAGACAAGAGCCAGUGUCCCUGUGUGUGUGUGUGUGUGUUUGUGUUCCGGUGAAUGAGAAGAGUCGUUCCGUUUGUAGGGGUUGGUGGGACACACAGAGAAAUAGCAAUAGCCGGAGAGCAGCGAGAGAGCGAGAGAGAGAGAGAAUGAGGCCUGACAGUGCGUGUGCAGUGCAGAGGGGAAGGGGGAAAGAAUAUGAAGCAAAACAAAAACAAAAACCGAAAACAAAACAACACACCCAUGUUUAAUGCAGUCCCUGUCAUCGGUAGUAAACAAAAGAGCAAACAACACCCAACGCAACCUACUGGAGGCUAGAAACAAAAGAAGAAGUAGAACGCACCCCGUCAGUGCGUGCCGUGUGUGUGGAGGGGUUGUUUCUGAAUGUGAUGGGGUUUCUGUUUCAGUGAGGGGCAACGGGUAGUGUAGGUUGUUUGCCGCAGCUCGUGCGCCACCUUCAACGUCGCAGCAGCAGCCAGGAGCUGCGGCGAACAGAAAAGUGUCUCGUGUCAAAAGUCAUCUCAGGUCGCGUGAGAUAGAAACAAAAUGUAAAUGGUGCUAUAAUAGUUUAGCUACACCGUGCUGAACCGGUGCUGUAGUGUGGAAGCAUAAUAACCCCGAGAAGCAUAAUUAUCAUCGAGCGAAAGCACGUUCCUGUGUACAGUGUGUCGUGCAAUUGUAGUGAAGUGCUGCACGAGAAGAAAAGAGCACAAGUGAAAGUGUUUUAUAAAUGAUAAACCUGUGCUUUACAUACAGUGCAAAAGCUUGAGUGCGUGUUUGUGUGUGUGUGUGUGUGUGUGUGUGUGUGUGUGUAUGUGUGGUGCGUAUUCAUAUUGUGCGUAUCAAAUGCAGCCCAGGUGUGUUGCAGCAAGCCGGGUGAUUUGCAUAAGUGUGUAAAUUAUCUCGCCUAUGCCUCCGUGUCUGCACUGUGGCAGGGUGUGUAAUUCGUGUGCGCUGCUUAAAAGCUCGGGCUUUGUUCGCUCCGGUACGCUAGCAUGAAUGAAACGACGAGCCGGUGCCAUACAGCUGUUGCGGAACCGAUGUAAAGCGGGAAAAAUUAACACGUGUCCAAACUGCAAACUUGCAACGCUGGUUCAGCCCGCUCCCGAAAGCAGCAACCUUGGGAUGCUGUCCGAACGGCAAGGUGUUGGCCAUUGUACACGGAGCAUAAUUUAUUAAUGGUGCUUACAACGUAAUAAACAAAAAAAGUCACCGCCAAGCAAUGCACAGUAGAAAGCGAAUGAAACAAAUGUUCCUGUCGCAGUAUCAGCGUCCGCGGGGCGUUUAAAGAGUUUUGCUGGAUAAAGAGUUUUUAGAGAGGGUUGAUGUGUGUGUGUUGCCCCUUCAGUCGUCGUUUCUAACCAUGAACGAACCGAUUCACUGUUAAACAUAUCACGCAUCGCGGGAACCGGGUGCGCUAUGUUCGUUUGCUAAAAAUCGGGCAAGAUCGGUUGCUUCUCUAUCCGCACCAUUCACUUUGCCAUUGCACGGUCCCCACCACACGUGUACGUGUGAGGGUGUGUGUUUGUGUGUGUGUGUGUGUUCGUGCGUUGAGUGAGCGGAGCCGAACGCACCGGGGUUUAGCAAAAGCAGUCAAGGUGGCCGCGUCGAAGAGAUCCCGCGGGACCUCGGCGUCCGAAGGUCGCCUUGCGCCGCCGGCCGCAUCGACGGACAGUGUCGGCGGUGGGCAUACCGCUGCAACGAGCAAUACCACCGCCACUACCGUUGCCACCUCGUCCUCGUCCGGCGGCCCGACCAUCGAUCCUUCCACCGCCAGCCUACGGUCGUCCAGUUCGCGCCAGGGUUCGGUCGAUGGCGUGAUGCAACGAUGCGGCCUCUGCUCCAUCAUCUCGAGCCUGCUGCGGCGCGCCAUGUGCGUCGGGUCGCGGCGUGGUAGCGGCGAGUCCUACUAUCAGGAGCUAGCGGAAACAAAUGUACGUCAAUGUGUUAAAUACAAUGAAUCUUCAACCAUCGCGGACGUCGCCACGGUGGAAACGACGGACAGCUCGAGCUACAAACGACUGAUAUCAACCACAUCCAGUAACGCCCCAACGGCAGCGGCUACGACGACGAUCGUGGCAUUGCAGACGCCCACCGCGACCACCCCAACCGUAAUGCUGCUGCACGGUGACGACGAGAUGGAGGAGGACGAUGCGCGGCGGGCACUGAACGGUGCGGCCGUGCGACGAAUCUCCGAACAGGACCGGCCCCUGUUCGAGGCACUGAUGGCGGAGGAGCGCGGCGAGCUGCCCCGGCGGCGGCACGCCUGUACCGGCCGCUUCCUCACCAUGCACAAGCGCCGCAGGAAGAAGCUGCUGACGCGCAGCCUCGCCCUCGAUCAGGCCAUCCUGGACGAUGUGCUGCACGGUCAGGUGCAGUGCAUUCUCGAUCGCGUCAACCACUGGCGCUUCAACGCGUUUACGCUCGAGACGGUCACUGGUGGACGCUCACUGCCGGUAUUAUGUGUUCAUCUGUUCCACUGGUACGGGCUGCUGGACCACUUCAACCUAGACGUAGUUAGAGUAUGGAAAUUGUUUAGCUUAAUCGAGGAGGGCUACCACAGCACGAACCCGUACCACAACUCGAUACACGCGACGGACGUCACGCAGGCGAUGCACUGCUUCCUGCAGGAGAAGCGCAUUCUGGAGAAUCUGAGCCCGCUCGAAAUCAUGGCCUCGCUGAUCGGUGCCGUCACGCACGAUCUCGACCAUCCGGGCGUGAACCAGCCGUUCCUGAUAGCGACCUCCAACCAUCUGGCGGCGCUGUACGAGAACACGUCCGUGCUGGAGAACCAUCACUGGCGGUCGGCCAUCGGCUGCCUGCUGGAGAGCGGCGUCGCGGAACAGGUGCAGGACAUACGGCCCGAGCUGGAGCGGCAGAUCAGCUCGCUCAUACUGGCGACGGACAUUACGCGGCAGCAGGAGUUUAUCGGCCGGUUCCGGGACUACCUGAGCCGGGAUGCGCUGGACAUGCGCGACACCACCCACCGCCACUUCAUCCUGCAGAUAUCGCUCAAGUGUGCGGACAUCUCGAACCCGUGCCGCCCGUGGGACAUCAGCAAGAAGUGGAGCACCAAGGUGUGCGAGGAGUUCUUCCGGCAGGGCGACUACGAGCGGCAGCUCAACCUGCCGGUGACGUCCCUGUGCGACCGGCAGUCGACGACGGUGCCGAAGAUACAGACCGGGUUCUUUAAGUUCGUCGUCACGCCGCUGAUGGACGAGUGGCACCGGUUUCUCCGCACCGAUCUGUCCCACUCGAUGAUGCACCAUCUGAAGUACAAUCAGACGCAGUGGGAGAGCAAGCUGCAGGCGGAGAUCAACGAGGAGACGCGCACGGAAAUCUCGGACGCCGAGCUGCUGGACGAGGAAGAUAUUGACGGUGGCGAGGAGGAUGGUGCCGGUGAGGAUGAGGCGGACGAUUCGCAUCAUCUCGAUUUGUCCGACAGCUCGGAGGUGCUGCUACCGCUGGCGAUGGCCAAGCUUGGCCGAAGAAGCUCACUGCAGGUGGCUGGUUCGGCGAACCAUGGCUUUGCGGGACGGAUGCGCAACGAGCGUCGACUCUCCGUGCCCGCGACCCACUGCAUCCCGAAGAUUAUCCUACCGGCGAAGGAACCCUCGAGCGGUGGCCGUUCCGGUGGUGGUUCUGGAACCGGCGAGUUCACUCUGCAGCCGCCGGAAUCGAUCCAAGAGAGCGAUGAGCAUCGUUUCGAUGCGGACUCGCUGUCCAUCUUCUCCUCCGACAGUGACAGCUUGCACCGGGGAGCGCGCGGCUCCUCGACCGGCAGCACCGCCGACCGGGAGCGACCACUCAGUGCGGAAAAUCUGCUGCCCGACUGCAGCAUCGCCUCGAUGACGGACGGUGCCUGCGGCGAUCGGCUCAAUCUCGUGCUGCACGGUGCGGUCAGCGUGGGCAACACGGCCAACCUGCUCACGGUCGGCACGUCCAAGCAUCUGAUCCGGCAGCAAACGUUCCCACCGCUGCAACCGUACGUCCGGACGCGCUACAUGUCGUCGCAGGCCGAGCUGGGCGCCUGCCCGGAGGCGCUGCUCGAAUCGCACUCGUCCAGCUCGAACAGCAGCGGAUCGACGAACGCAGCAGCCGCGUCGGCCGCCCUAUCUAACGUCGAAUCUCGUGGCCGCGUACUGGCGACCAGAAAGGAUAGCAUCAAGCGGGAGCAGCAACCGGACGGGGCCGGCUCGUCCCAGGCGGACGGAGCGGGCAAGAUCAAGGUGCCGAAGCUGUCCCUCGGCCAGAAGGAGAACCUCGACCCGUCGAUGCUGAAGCGCAGCCUGAGCAGGCGGCGCGGAUCCGCCCCGGUCACGGUGGCGCUGCCCACGAAGGCGAGCGAAACGGCGGGCGGAGCUGUGAGCGGCGUUGGCAUCGUCGGCGAGAUUGGCAAAUCGUUCAUCAUCAAAACGUGCGAUCUGAUGCGGCGAGGUUCGAUGCCGGUUGACGCUCUCAUGCACUCCAAGGAUCUUCCCGCGUCGCACAGUGCGGCUGGCAGUGCCACCGCCGGUGCGGCCGGUGCCGUACCUUCCAACGCAGCACAGCUACCGAACAGUCUCGUGGCACCACCGUACCCCGGCAUGCAGCGGCGUGGGUCCGUGCCGUGCGAAAGCACCAACAAUGUGGCGCUCCGGAGCAGCUUCAGCAUCAAGCGGCGCAGCACGAAGAAAGCGAUCCGCCGGCGGUCGUCCGGCGGGGCGGAAAUUCUCAGCCCCAUUCUGUCGGAGGAUGCGGCCGGUGGUGGCAGUAACGGUGCGGGUUCGUCGUCGUCGUCGUCCAACGCGUGGUACCGGAUCAAGCGCGAUUCGGGCCACCGGCGUGCGGGCGACAACGAGAGUCUGCUGUCCCGGCGGCGAGGUUCCCUGCCGGUCGAGGUCCUCGCGAUCGGUUACUCCGGUACUCUGCGUCACUAGAAGAGUGUAGAGGAAUGUUGGAAUUUCCACCCCACAAACCAUCACAUUGUCGUUUGCCAUUUCCAUCAUUCCAAUCAUGUCCAACCGUCGAUGCAAACUCCCGGCGGCAAGGCAAUUGUGGCGCUAAACUGUAGCGACCUAAUGCAAACGAAAACGACGCUACGAUAAGGCUGUCCCGGCACAGAGGAAAGAUCAAAAUAUCAUUCUCCAGUGGUGAAAGUUUCUUGGGGGAGAAAAAUUAGAAAAGAGGAGAAGAAGUAGAAAAAAUGGAAAACAGAAAUAACAACAAAAAAACAACCCUUUUUGCUCAUUCCUACCACCGAUGCUUCCCGCCUAUAGUCGAGUUAUAGAGUGUACACGGCACUGAACAACUACACCAGCAAGAUGAGAAAAGAGAGAAGCAAAAAGUAGACAAGACAGCAACAACAAAAACACACACACAAAUAAACAUCAUGCAUUAUGGAUAAGAAUACAAGAACUGAUCAGUUCCAAUGAGAACAAAACAAAAUUGAAUAAACCUUAGCAAUGUGUGUGCGUAUCAUUAGGAAAUCGAAGAAGAAGAAAAAGAAACACUUGGAAAAAAAAGAAAGGAGAAGAAAUCCCAUCUUUGUCCCGAUUUGUUGUGUGUUUGUGUGGAGAGGGUAUAAGUGAAUCAGCAAAAAAAUAAUCAAAGCUAUAUCGAAACACACUAGAAUGAUCGGAAAAAUCCAAAUAAAUCUGUGAGUGGUAGCAUAUUUAUAAUUGACUAAACAACAAUCGUUGAUAAGUGUGCGUAAGUGUGUGCAUUGGUGUUGUAGCAAUUGUAGAAUGUAAUGUUAAGAAAGAGAGCGUAAGCGACAUAAAAGGAACGAGAGAGAGAGAAAAAAAACAUUAAUAAAAAACACCCGCUUAACGAUAGGCAAACUACUAACACACCACCUUCCCCCGUCCCCAUCACUCUUCGCCCCUUUAGUUAGAAAACGGUGCUUAAAAUCGGUGUAAAGAAGAAGAUAAAGACGAAACGAACCACAAGUUAGGGCAAUGUUUGUGGGCGCACGAUUUGGAACGCAUGUAAAAGAUAAAAAGUGAACAAAAGAUAAAGGAAAAUGAAAGUAAAAUAACGCCCGAAAUGGAGGAAAACCCCGCACCAUCCGACACACACACAACUGGAGAGCUUAUGUAAACACACACACACACAUACAUCUCUACAUCUCUCAAGAUCACUUUGCAUACAUCACGAUCAAUUUAUCUCUCGCCAUUCUACAUCGCACCAUCGUUCUCGAGACUAUAUCAAUCAUUUAAAGCAUUGCACUUACUAACCACGUCACAUUCGUCCCUUUUUACUAUACUAUAAGGAGCUGGUAUUCCUCGAAUGUAAGUGUAUGCGCACGUAUGUGUGUGUGUGUGUCUAAUUUUCUUUCUGUUUGGCAUUAACAAAUUAUGCCUUCCCAUAUUCGUCUGCACUCGGAAUGUGCAGGAAUAGAAAUCGUUUUUGCCCCUACUUCAAAUGCAUAUAAUUUAAUGAACAAGAAAACAGCACACAAGAACUCUUUCCAAAAAAAAAAAUAACACAAAAAAAUGGAAAGCUUUGUGUUAAGAGAAAGAGAUAGAGAAAAAAAGAAGAAAACGGAGAAUAAACAAAUGAAUAUGCUAGACAGUAGAACCUGAACGCUGGCUGGUUCCAGCCCAAGGAAAAGAAACAGAAACGUAAGCAGUAGAAGUAAACAGUAGCCAACGCAUGAGCAAGGUGUGAAGCAACUCUUCCAGCCAAAAACCAUGCAAAACCAACAAGAAAUAGUAAACGACAUGAACAAUACAUAUAACCUUGGUUUGUAGGGCGCAUAGCACAAUAGAGAUAAAAAGAAGAGAAAGAGCAAGAAAGAAAGCGAACAUUAGAAACACAUUGGAGCUAAGCAAACAGAUAAACUUCCACACAAAAACACAAUACUUUUCCAUAAAAAAAAAGUUUUGUAAUGUGAAUUGACUGUGAAAAGUGGUGUAUGAAGAAAAUAGGAAACUCUCUUCCGUUGUAGUGUAGCUAUUUCGAUCCAAUCAAACAAGAAAAGAGCAACAACAAAUAGUAAAAAAAGACAACUAAUUAGAACAAUAAAGAAACAAAAGUAAGCACAUAA